AUGGCCCAUGUUAUUGCAGAGGUAGCAGGGGGCCCCCGGAUGCAGGCUGUCCAGGCGGGCUGUGUUCCCGUGGUUAUCUCGGACGACGUGUUGGAGGCGUUUGAGCCCUUCCUGGACUGGAACACAUUCGGUGUGAGACUGGCGGAGGCCGAUAUACCCCGGAUGCAUGAAGUGCGGGAGGCAAUCAGCCCGGAGGAGUAUGCUCAUAAGGAGGUGCUGCUCCGCUGCGCCGCCCAGCACAUGGCGUUCAGCACUGUGACGGGGUCGUACAUCGGGGAGUCGGGUCGGUACGACGCGUUCGAGACGCUUCUUGAGAUCCUCCGCGCCAAGGCCGCCCACCCGGACACCCCCCCCGAGCAGCUGCGGCAAGUGGACCCCCAGCUGGAUGCCUUCUUGGACUGCAGGGACCCGAACGACCCGGAUGUGGCACCAGCACCAGCACUUGCAGCAGCAGAUGGAGGAGCGGUCGACGGCAAGAUGGAUCGUUCCCCAUUGCCCUCAGACCAGCACCAGCAGCAGCAGGGGCAGCGACAACAGCCCGGCCUAGAACUACCUUCCAUAAGUGACAGCGACAGCGACAGCUCCAGCCGCAUCCUUAGCAGCAGCAGGCGCAGCAGCAGCAGCAGCGGCGGCCGCAACACAGAGGAGGAGCGGCUGUGCAGCGUAUCACUACUGGACGAGGAUGACCCUGCCGGGCACAGCUGCAGGUCCAUCAGUGCCCGCCGCAUGGAGACUCUGUUCGGAGGUUACAUGUGUAUCCGGAAACCGCUGGACCCGGCGGCCUGCCCGCGGCCCUGGCUGUGA